AUACAGUGGAUGACUCAAGAAUUCGCAACACAAACAAAUACUCAUGCAGACUUCUUCCACUGACAUUCCGUUCUGACCUGUCCCUUUAGUCACUCUUGUCCUUGAGCAAACAACAGGAGACUCUGAAAACGGCUUUUCUGUUGUGUGCAAAAUGGAGGAUCAUGAUCAUGAAACAUCGUCUCAGCCUUUACUCUAUGAAUAUGAUAGCUCAGUGACGUCAGUGUCUCCGUGCGACAUAAACGACGUAACUGAAUUCGGUAGAAAGUUUCUUCCACCAUUCUAUACAGUCAUCUUCAUCGUCAGCAUGCUUGGCAAUGGACUAGUGCUGUUUAUCAUGUAUAAGUUUGAAAGGCUCAACACGGUCACUAACAUAUUCCUCAUCAACUUGGUGGUCUCUAACCUGAUUUUCACCAUCACGCUCCCGUUUCAAGCCGUCUACCAUUACUCGGAAUGGAUAUUUGGCUCUGUGAUAUGCAAAAUGGUCGGCAGUGCUUACUUCCUGGGCUUUCACAGCUCUGUCCUCUUCCUCACGCUCAUGACCUUUGACCGCUACCUGGCUGUAGUUCACGUCGUGAUGGCCACUAAGCAGCGGCGGAGCUGCUACGCCUUCACCACAGCUGCUGUUGUCUGGGGCAUCAGUGUCCUUGCUAGCCUGGAAACCUGCAUAAAUUAUGAUGUAACAAAAGACCCAAUUGUGGGGGACGUCUGUGAAGACAAUGGCCCCAAACAUAAGGUUCUGGGCACUUACCCUCUGUUUGUUAUGUUCUUUAUCCUCCCUUUGGUUGUCAUCAUCUACUGCUACAUCAGGAUUGCCCUGAGGGUGGUCUCCUCCCGAAUGAAGGGCAAACACCGGACUGUUAAGCUCAUUUUUGUCAUCGUGAUGCUCUUCUUCAUUUGCUGGACCCCAUACAACGUGAUAUUAUUGAUGAACGAGGAAACGAGUGACCCUUGUGAUAACAGUCUUAUUUAUCCACAGUACGUCACUCACAACAUUGCCCACUUGUACUUCUGUGUCAACCCUGUCUUCUGCACUUUCUUAGGUAAAAAAUUCCAAAAUCAUGUGCGGCAGCUGCUAGUUAAUGAGGUUCCUUGUUUAAAGAGCCAUCUGAACUUCAGUGGGCAAAGCAGCAGAUCGUUCUCUUAAAUGAGCUCCUAAAAUUUGCAUGAGUGAUGACGGAUGAUGAGACAUCUCCAGUGUUUGUUUCAUAUAACACAGUUCUGUAUGCUGGAGCAUAAUGCUUAAUGCGACAGUCUAAAGAGUGGAAGUGGUUUAGGGUAGACUAUGUAGCCUACCUUAAAAAUAAAAGGCUCAUCACUGUACAUUAGGCAAUGUUUAUGGUCCCCAUACUCAUGAAAAUUUCACUGGAAAGUAUGUAUUAACACAAGGUAGAUUUAGUAUAAUGCUAUAUUUAAAUAACAUGUCUUUUGUCCAGAGCAUUGUAAGUUUAAACUGCAUGGGGCUGCAACACAAAUAAAAGAGAAUAAUGUUGUCAGCUACUCUGUUAGUAGAAAUGUCUGUUUGCUGGAUAUAAAUGUAUUCAUGUGUGCACUGAUUUGUUGAGCAGUCCAGUAAACUGUAAAUGUACUAGUCAGUAGUUAAUGGACUAUAAAACUAUGCUUGGUGAUUUCAGUUGUUAUAUGUUGUAUGUGAUCACAUUUCAAAGAUUAAAAAAAUUAGGAGUGGUCA